CCUGAAAUCUGUAUAAAACUACAGUGAUGUAGUGCUUCAGUCAGUCUUGAUGACUGCAGCGUCACACAGAACCAUCUCAAUCAAGAACCUGAUGAAGAUUCACUCCGUCUCCUGAUCCUCAAUCUUGAGUUUACUACAGGCGUAUUUGGAUAUUAAAGGAAUCACAGAUCCACGUGACACUUUUUUUAAAGAUGCUGUUUUUUUAAAGAAGAAAGUAAAGACACAAAGAUUGAAGCAUUCUUGGUCAAAUGUGAAGAUACUGAAGAACAAACCAAGAUGAAGUUUAUUAAAGAGGAGAGUAAAAACAUAAAGAUUGAAGAAACAUUCAGAGUCAAACAUGAAAAUACUGAGGAAAAAACAAAGAUGGAGUUUAUCAAAGAGGAGAGAAAAGACAUAAAGACUGAAGAAACAUUCAGAGUCAAACAUGAAGAUACUGAGGAACAAACAAAGAUGGAGUUUAUUAAAGAGGAGAGAAAAGACAUAAAGAUUGAAGAAACAUUCAGAGUCAAACAUGAAGAUACUGAGGAACAAACAAAGAUGGAGUUUAUUAAAGAGGAGAGUAAAGACAUAAAGAUUGAAGAAACAUUUAGAGUCAAACAUGAAGAUACUGAGACACGAACAGACCUGAUGACACUGAAAGAGAAGAGUCAAGAAUUCAGUAAAAAGGAAGAUAAUGUUCACCAUGAGAAAUAUGGUUCAAUGACUGGAGAAAAAUCAUUUAGCUGCUCACAUACUGAAAAGAAUUCACGAAAAAAAGCUCAAAAGACGGCAAACAGAAGUUACUUCCCAUGCCAACAGUGUGGGAAAAGUUUCAACAAAAAGGGAAAUUUUGAAGUCCACAUGAGAGUUCACACUGGAGAAAUGCCUUACACCAACAAACUGUGUAGAAAGAGUUUCAUUCGAAGAGCAAACUUUAAAAAUCAUGUGAGAGGUCACACUGAAGAGAAACCUUUUGUCUGCCAACAAUGUGGAAAAAGAUUUACUGAAAUAGGGAACCUUAAUCUUCACAUGAAAAUUCACACUGGAGAGAAGCCUUUCACCUGCCAACAAUGUGGAAAGAGCUUUGUUCGAAAAUAUAAUCUUAAAAACCACAUCAGAGUUCACAGUGGAGAGAAGCCUUACACCUGCCAGCAGUGUGGAAAAAGUUUUACACAUAAACAACAACUUGAUGGCCACAUAAGAAUUCAUACUGGAGAGAAGCCUUUUACCUGCCAACAAUGUGGAAGGAGAUUUGCUCAAAAAGGAAACCUUAGAGACCACAUGAGAAUCCAUACUGGAGAGAAACCUUACACCUGCCAGCAGUGUGGAAAAAGUUUCAGUAAAAGUGGAACCCUUCAGAGGCACAUUAGAAUUCACACUGGGGAGAAACCUUACACCUGCAAACAGUGUGGAAAGAGCUUCAUUAGAAAAUCAAACCAUAAACACCACAUGAUAAUUCAUACUGGAGAGAAACCUUUUAUCUGCCAACAAUGUGGAAAGAGAUUCGCUCGAAAAGGAAACCUUACAGACCACAUGAGAAUCCAUACUGGAGAGAAACCUUUCACUUGCCAGUGUGGAAAGAGAUUCACUCAAAGAGGAAACUUUAGAAAACACAUGAAGGUUCACACUGGAGAGAAGCAGUUUACAUGUGAUCAGAGUUUCGGAUGUGAAGUAGCACCAGUGUGAUUGCUCUUACUGGUAGCAAUAUCCUUGCCUGUGAAAUCCUUUUUUUUUUUGAUGACAAUGAUGACUGUUAAUCAGGGUUACAAAAAUGCAAAAUGACAGUUAAAGGCAGUUCAUCACUGAAUUCAUAAGACAUGAGACCACCGAGCCAUAAACAAAUCCACUGCUGUAAAUCCCGGUUUAGUGAGGAAAGUAAGGGUCUACCGAACGAUAUAUCUCAUUGAGCAUGUUCAGUCCAAGAAAGCAAUAACGUUGUAAAAUGGAUCAUAAUUCCUUUGUUCAGGGACAGAAUUGUUUGUGUGCGUUAUGGAAUAGCUCACAUUCAGAAAACUGCGUAUUGAUAGUAAAAAAACAGCUUAUGGUUUUGUAGCGUACAGUGUCACGACCAGAUUGAGAUGAUCCACAAAAAAAAAAAGGGAAAGAUAGGCAUAAGAUUGUUUAUUUGAAUUCUGGCGCCCUCUCCAGACACAGCUGAUUGAGGUGGAACUCUUCGAUCUGCUUUUUAUUUCUUUCUUUUUUUUUUUUUUUUUUUUUUUUUACAUUUCAACAUUUUUCAUAUAUGUGUGAGUGUGUUUUAUGUUGAAUGUGGCUGUAUCUGCAUGAUUACUAUCUGUUUGAGUGCAAAUCAGCUCGCUAUUACUGUGUAAUCACAACUACCAAUGUGAA